AUGGCUACAACCGACCAGUACUUCCGGCUGCCUUCGGCGCGUCCUUAUGCGUAUGAGUUCCCAUUCGCGACGACAGCACUCAUCAUCAUCGACAUCCAGCGCGACUUUGUCGACCCUGGCGGCUUUGGUAGUGUCCAGUGCGGCAACGAUACCGUGUUUUCUAAGGCGCGCUCUAUUGUCCCUGCCGUCCAAAAGGUCCUUGAUAUCUUCCGCUCCGUCAACGGCCAUGUCAUCCACACACGCGAGGGUCACCAGGCCGACCUGGCCGAUCUACCCGCCUCCAAAAAGCUGCGGCAGAUCAGCGCGCCGAGCGGUCACCACACGCUCGGCAUUGGGGAUAAUGGCCCGAUGGGUCGUCUGCUCGUCCGUGGCGAGUACGGACACGACAUCAUCGACGAGCUAACUCCAUUCCCGGGCGAAUCUGUCAUAGAUAAGCCGGGGAAAGGCAGCUUCUGGGGCACCGGUUUGCAUCGCGAGCUGCUGGCCAGGGGUAUCACCCACCUCCUGUUUGCUGGCGUGACGACUGAAUGCUGCGUGGCCACGACUGUAAGAGAGUGUAAUGACCGCGGAUUCCAGUGCUGCGUGCUCCAGGACUGCACUGCCGGUUUCGACGCCCAACAGGUCACCACGGCACUGGACACUAUUUGCGGCCAGGACGGGCUCUUCGGAUUUGUGGGCAGCAGCACCGAUUUCCUUGCAGCCACUUCAGGACUGGUGCCAGCCUGUGACAUCGGAGGCGUCCCGUUACUUGCUGGCGAUAGGUUGCCCAGCAUAGGUGCGCUUCUCCACCACUACCGGAAAGGCACUCUAAAGCCCGCGGAGGUCAUCCAUGCCAUUUACGACCGCAUCGACCGCUGCAACAGCAGCUCGAACAAGGCCGUAUGGAUCACCCUCAAGUCACGUGCGCAGACGCUCGCAGCAGCCGAAGAGCUAUCCGCAAAGUACGCCAGCAAACCCCUCCCGCCACUUUUCUGCAUCCCUUUCUCCGUUAAGGACAACAUUGACGUCGCUUGCCUUCCAACUACGAGUGCCCUGCCUAGCUUGUCUGUCAUCCCGUGUAGCUCCGCUCCCGCCGUCCAGCAUGUGCUCGACGCUGGCGCCCUGGUCAUUGGCAAGGUGAACCUCGACCAGCUUGCCACUGGCCUUGCCGGCACGCGCUCUCCAUAUGGACUCGUCCACUCCGUCUUUUCGAAUGAACAUCUCAGCGGUGGCUCCUCAUCAGGUUCUGCUGUGUCCGUAGCUGCCGGACUGGUUGCCUUCAGCCUUGGUACCGACACUGCGGGAAGUGGACGCGUUCCCGCAGCUCUCAAUCACGUCGUCGGUCUCAAACCCACCCUUGGCACCGUCUCCGCCCGCGGCGUAGUACCUGCUGUCCGCUCUCUGGACACUAUUUCCGUCAUGGCGAAUUCGAUCGACGACGCGCGGAUGGUUUGGCGCACGAUCGCCCGGUACGACCCGGACGAUGCUUUCGCCAAACCGCCUUCCUCGCUAGCCGUAUGGCACUCCGACUUCCGUGGCAUUCAUGCCGCUGGCUUCACCUUCGCCGUGCCGCCCGUUUCCGCUCUACAGGUCUGCAGCCCGACGUACCGCGCGCAGUUCGAUGCCGCUGUAUCUGCACUUGAAGCCCGUGGCGGCCGCCGCGUGUCCGACACUGAUUUCGAUUACACGCCCUUCGAGCGCGCAGGAGCCUUGCUGUACAACGGAGCUCUUCUGUAUGAGCGCGUUGACAGCAUCGGGGUCGAUGUCUUGAGCAAGCACGCCGCAGCACUUCAUCCAACGACGCAAAAGGUGCUCCUGCCCACUCUUAAUAACCCGCCGUCCGCGUUCACUAUUUUCGCAGACCAACUACUACGCCGCACGCUAACCCACGCUGCGCAGCGUACCUUCGAUAAGCUUCGCGGCGGCAUCGACGUGCUGGUGGUUCCCAGCGUACCGAAACACCCACGAAUCGCCGACAUGGAGGCCGCACCUCUGGCGCUCAACGCUGAGAUGGGAACCUUCACGCACUUUGGGAACGUGCUUGACUUGUGUGGUGUGAGCGUUCCGUUUUCGAUGUAUGAAGAAGACGGCGUCAAAUUGCCCUUCGGAAUCACCUUGCUUGGUGGUUCCGGCAUGGACGCGCGGGUGUUGGGCAUUGCCGAGGCGGUGGAGGGGGGGUUGGGGAGUCGCCAGCCGUGAAACGACGACGCGAACCCCUGAAAGCGAAGUCGCGAGGAGUUAACUACCAAGCGUGCGAGAAAC